UUCGGAGUUCCAUAGACAGUCUUGUGAGUUUGACUUUGGCGAUGGAAACCUGGGGCUAUGAGAGUACAUAUAACCAGCAAAUGCAACACAAGGUCCAAGAUUGAACAUGGCCAACCAGUAGUCUAUUUGAGAUUCAAGUUGGCAGUAAAAAAGAGCGUAAGGGGAUUGGUUUGGUAGAAGUUGAAUUGCCGCAUUUGGAUACUGUCGCCGAAAGGGUACUAGCGCGAUGCACCCCAGGGCUGUCUUGCUAAUGUCUUGCUAACGGGAAUAACCAACCACCACAGACAGCACCUUCACUCUCACCAUGACCGGCGGUUGCAAGUAUCGGCCCGCCUUUUCGAUGGUUGGAAUUGCCUUUGGAGUAGCGCAUUGAGGUGUUUUUCCCCUGGCAGACGUUCAUUUAACCUCAUUGGACCAAAUCUACUGCUAACGGACCGUUACACAUGCAAAAAGAUGCGGUGACGUAAGUGCCCCAACAACGGCUUGCGAACGUCUUCAAAUCUGUGAAUUCUCGUGAUGAAGUCAUAUGUGUGCCCUAUUGUACAUACAUAUGCAGGUCUUGAGGCUGCGGGUCUCUAUUGUACUGUGCUGUUUGCAUGCCACCACAAGAUUUCCGUUUGCGUCUCUCAAACCAGUCAACGACGCGUGUGUAAACACUGCCUAUACGCGCGUAUGUGGAUUCACAGGCCAGUUGCACUUUCCAUCACCCCCACCGACCAUCUGCCGCCUCUUUCUCUCUUUUCCUAAAGCCACACGACCCGUCAUUCUCUCUAUACACCCACCCAGGUGCCCAUACAGUCACUCUUUUCCGCCAUCAUACAUAUAUGCCGCUAUGAGGUUCAUCACUUUACCCCAGGCAUUGGGUGUGCUCACACUGUUGGCCCCUUGCCUGAUUCCUUCCACAUCCGCCAUCGAACUUGAUCCAACCCAGCCCGAUCAGGUUCGUGCCGCAGCAAAGGAUGUUGCCCAAGUCCUCAUGUCCAUGUACGCAAACCCGCAGACGGGCGCCAUCCUAUCCGGCAUUCCUGGACUGCUUACCUAUCCCCCAUACUACUGGUGGGAGGCUGGCGCCAUGUUUGGCCAGCUCAUAGACUAUUGGUACUACACCGGCGAUUCCCAGUGGAACGAUAUGGUGCGCGCUGGCAUCGUGCAUCAGAUUGGCGAGGAUAGAAACUUUAUGCCCGCAAACCAAUCCAAGGAUGAAGGCAACGACGAUCAACUGUUCUGGGCUUUCACUGUCAUGUCUGCUGCGGAAUAUAAUUUUCCAAGUCCACCGGACAAUGUUCCUGGCUGGCUCGCUCUGGCGCAGUCCAUCUUCAACCAACUCAACACCCGCUGGGAUAUGAAGACCUGCGGUGGUGGGACGCGAUGGCAAAUCUACCAAUGGCUUCCUGGCUAUGACUACAAGAAUCUCGCGUCCAACGGAGGGUUUUUCCAGCUGAGUGCGCGAUUGGCAUUGUAUACUGGCAAUGAUACAUAUGCGCAGAAAGCGAAUGAGAUAUAUGACUGGUUAGCCAAUGUCAGCCCUCUCAUUGAAGACGACUACAAGAUAAACGACGGGUCCGACGUCAAGAAGAAUUGUACCGAAGCGGAUCACUCUCAAUGGACGUACAAUUAUGGUAUAAUGAUAGGGGGCGCCGCAUACAUGUACAACUAUACCAAAGGAGAUCCCAUUUGGAAGGAACGUCUUCAAGGCUUCUUGAAUCAGUCAGAAUAUUUCUUCCCCCAGACUUACAACAACAUCAUGGUCGAGCCUUGCGAACUCACUCAGCAAUGUAACAUUGAUCAAGUCUCAUUCAAAGCCUACCUUUCGCGCUGGAUGGCGGUUGCUGUACAGCUUGCGCCUUUCACUGCGUCACAGAUUAUUCCUCAUUUGCAGCGGUCUGGAAAGGCGGCGGCACAAACAUGUGUUGCAUCAGAUGGUGUACCUGCACCGUACACGUGCGGCAACCGCUGGUACUGGAAUGGAUCCGACGAGAAUACUGGGGUUGGACAGCAACUGGCAGCGUUGAGCAUCAUCAGCUCCAAUCUAGUUACCAUUGCUGAGCCGCCGAAAAAUGUUGCUACCGGAGGAGACAGUAAAGGAGAUCCAGGUCUGGGUACCGCGGGAAGCGACGCAUACCCGGCUCUUGAAUUCUCUGAGAUCACGACAGGUGACCAAGUCGGAGCCUCGAUCAUUACAGCAUUGGCAAUCACUUUCAUGAUCAGUGGAGGCUAUUGGAUGACACAUGGGGAUUAG